CGAUCUUUGAAAGCUCGCUCAGCCUAAAAUGGUAAGUUCGUCGUGUGAAUUAUCCUAACAUUUUUAUUUUUUAUGAGAAAAUUGACUCAAUUGACUGACAAGAAUACCGCUUUAUUACAGGCAAGGUAAAUAAAGUCCUUGUAAACCCAAGUAGACUUGGCAAACUGCUACCUUGAGCCACUAACGAUAACGGCUAAAUAUGCUAGCUGAUAGACGCUUUGAAAUAUGAACUGGCUUUAACACGGUUUACUGUGCUGGUUCCAUCAAAUAUUAACAAUUAUUAUCGAAUUUCCCCUCGUGGAUGAAUUAAGUUCUUCUUAUUUUAUAUGUGUUUGGCAGACCACUUCCUUUGAAGGCCUAAAACUUUGGUCAAGUUCAGGGGAGUCCAGAAUGGCAUUGAAUGGGCAUCACAGUACAUCUUCCUAUUCACUUUUCCCAACUUUUCAACGUCAGGUGAGCUAUAAUUUUGUUGGAGUAAUUAUAUUUUACAUGACAGGGCAUAUUUAUUGCAACCGUGGAUAUUGAUUAGGGGUUAAAAAUAGCAAAAGAGUAGGUGGAAAAUUGCAUCGUCAUCUCGGGCCAGGGUACCCUUAGAAUAUCAGUUUUUUUUCCCUCGUGAUCAGAAACCGAAUGACCGUUGGUCUGUUUUUCUAAACCACCAACUGAAAAUCCUUUCAUCUGUCAGAGUUAAAUAUCAAAUCAAAGCAGUCCCGUUUUCUGGUUAUUCUUUUUUUUUUCUUGGACCUUGUUGAACUGACCAUUGAAAGGGUCAGGGGGUUUCGUUUUGAACCAAAGACGAGGACAUGCGUCUUCCUCACCAUUUUAGACGGAAAAAAGUCGUUAAAAUACAGUAAUGAAUUUUACGUUGGAACGAAGGUCAUUUGGUCUCUUGAUUGUGAUUAAAAGACAAAUCAUCAAAGGGUACGCUGACCGACUAGUCAAGGUAAUUGUACGGUUGUAACUUAAGUUUGUUUAAUAUUGUAUCUUGGCACAGAAUCACAGCAUCAUGCCCUUCAUUUCUGUACUUAUUUAAUUGUAACAGGUUUUGGAAUAAACAUUGAUCAUAACUUUUGAUAUUUUAUUUAUUAUGUGCCUCUUUUUUCUAUUUUAUUUUUUAAUUUGUGUUAAACCUGUCACAUAGAAAACUUUAUAGUUUAUAAGCCUUCACUUAACUUUAUAUGCUACCCACAGUAAUUGAAGGUACACCUGUUUUGUUUUCAGGUCAGUGUGAAUGGGGGAAUUGGACAAAAUGGUGGUGCGUCAUCACUGCUUGUUUCACACCCCAGCGUCUCAAUGCGAGAACAGGACACAUCACCUAUUAUGGCAGGGUCUCAGAGUGGUAAUGACAAUCCCUAUGGCCUUAUUAGCUGUGGUCAGAGCGGCACAAAAAGCAGGUAAUAAAUUUAAAUUUAACUAUAGAAACAUGGAAUUCAUUGUAUAUAAUUGCAGAGUUUCAGUGGUUACCUGCAGAGUUACAGAAAAAUCUAAUACUGCGAUUUUUUCUUUCCACUAUAUAAAGUGUUAUAUUAAAAUCUACAGGAAUUUACACCACAUAUAUAAAUAUAUGUGGUACACGUAUUAUAUGCAGGUAAAUAAACUAUUUAUAACCUAGGUAUUUUAGGCUGUUCCUGUCCUUCUUAUACCACACUGUAUCCAGGCCUCCGACAGUUGUGACAUGAGCAUGCAGAAGUAGAGACUCAACAGAAGGCGAGAGCCCAGGUGGAGCAAAAGUUGACAAAAUUAACUAAUAAAUGCCAUUGACUUCUUACACAUGCACAGUGAUUUCUGUUGAUGUUAAAAAACUAUGAUAAAUCUGCUGCCCUGUGAUGGUUCUUCUGAUGAAACAAAAACUCGCAGCCAUUUUCUGCAUUAGAUUUUCUUGUCACUAUUAACAGGCACUGCAGGCGUAGAUGCUAAAAGUACUAUGUGCUCUGGGGGAUGCGUGAACAGCAUAUUUAAUGGUCACAAUAUUCAAACAACAUAUCAUUCAGUCCUAGUUUUCCGCAAUUAAUCACCCAAAUAAUUCCUGUUCAGCUACACCAGCGUGGUCUGAGAGCAUGAGGCAGAGGCAGGGGGCAGCUUUAGGGCUCCAAGUCUUUAAAUCAGUGGUUCUCAAGUCCAGUCCUCGAGGCCCACUGUCCUGCAUGUUUUGGAUGUUUCCCUGCUCUAACACACCUGAUUCAAAUGAUCAGUUCGUUAUUAAGCCAUUACAGAGCUUGAUAACGAGCUGAUCAUUUAAAUCAGGUGUGUUGGAGCAGGGAAACAUCCAAAACAUGCAGGACAGUGGGCCUUGAGGACUGGACUUGAGAACCACUGCUUUAAAUUAAAGUGUUAAUUUUUUUUUUUUUAAUUAAAGGAUAACACUGUUACUGAAUUGAGUAGGCUCCUUUUUUAAAAGUAAAAUAUGUCAUUCAAAGCGCAGUGUUCUUAUUUAGUGGGAUUGCAAAGCAUUCCCACUAUAUGUUAUUCAUAUCUUUAUUAUUAUUAUUAUUAUUAUUCCGCCGUUUUUUGGCAGUCAACUACUUCCACAUACUUCAACGUAUUCAAACCAUUCAAACUUCAAAAGAUUCGUCUCAUUCCGGAGAUUCCGGCUUGUAUUCAAAAAUUUCCAAACAUUCAUACUUUCCGAGAUAUUCCAGGUUUUCCGACCGAUUUCUCCCAUUAGAAAUGCAUUACGGAAUGUUCAAAUUGGCUUCAAACUUCAAAAGCCUUCAACUCCUCUAUACUUCCACGUAGAAACUUCAUUCAAAAACCAAAAUAUUCACAAAUUCGUCAGCAUUAUUCCACAUCUUCAACAUUUUUAAUCCCAUUUGUACUUUUCAAAAUAUUAAGAUUUGUUUAAAACUUCGUUAUAAUGGAAGUCAAUGGGAAAAGGGCUUCAGACGUACUCAACUUCAACCUCUUCUCAUUCAUUCAUACUUUCACCUAGAAACUUCAUUCAAACUUUAAAAUAUUCACACAUCUUCAGACAUUCACUCAUUCAUUCACCAUCUUCAUGGCAUUCAUACUUUUCUCACAGUGACAGUUCAAAAAGUCCAAAGAUUUUCAUACCUGUUCAGGUUUUAACAUUAGUGUGUAUUGCACGGAAUGUUGGCAGCUAGAGUGGGUGACCUCACAGCUAGAGUGAGACAGGCUGAAAAUUGAUCCUCAAAACUUUGUCUUUACAAAAGGAUUGUGGCAACUCACUUCGCUCUACACAGAUAAAAUUUGGUACAGUGAUGGCAAAACUCGCUGUCACUCUUCAUCUAAAAAAUCAAAGCCAUAGGACACACACAGUGGCCUGGGCAGACACCAACUGCCACAGACAUCCCCCAAAUUUCUCCAGCUUUCUCCAUUGACUCCAAUGUAAACCUGAGAGGAGGAUUUUCAGAGGAAACACAAACUGGACAUGUUUUUAACUUGUCGUAGUGAAGGCAUUUUUGGCUCCACAGACACAGAAGUUGUAUCAACGUGUUCAGCCGGGUCUUGUGGUUCUCACAAGCUCAUUAUCAUGAAGAUAGCAGUUACAGAGGAUGAGAAAUAUGACGUUGUUUGGGCAUUACGUUCUCAGCCUCAAGCCUCCUUUCUCCUGCUGUUGUUAAGCAUCUAUCGUCACCAUGGCAACCAAAGGGAGCACCUGGAGACACACAGCUGGCUGGAAAGCUGCUUCUAACAGCCAUAUGAGACACAUGAAGCCAGGCUCAGUACACAGAGUACUGGGGGUUACAUUUAAAACCCUUCAAUAGAGUUAUUUGACGAACUUUGUCAUCUAUCUCUUCGCACAAACCUUGAGCUACAGAAACCAUCCAGGGCUUAAUAAAUUCAGCUCAUUGAGGACAUUAUGGGGUCAAAUCAGGAUUUUUUUUCAUUUACAUUGUCCCCAUUUUUCAAUCAUUCAUUGAAAAUAAAUUAUUUAGUUCUUCAAACUAAUUUAUUUCCUUCAAACUGAUUUAAACCGUUUUGAUUCUUCAAACCUCUUUUUCUUCCAGAUUUGUAACCUUUUAAUUCUCCAGUUUUAAAUAUUUUUUACUCUUAAUACAUUAUUCAGUUCUUUCAAACAAAUUCCAACUCAUUUACACUGAUUCAAAACUUAUUGGUUCUUCAAGCCUUUCCCAUACUUCAGGGUUUUUAAUCAUUUUAAUUUUCACAUGUUGAAUUUUUAAAAUUAUUAUUCAUGCAUUAUUCAAUUCAUUCAAUUGAGUUUAUUCCAAUUGAUUCAAAUCUUCCUGAUUCUUCAUACCUUUUGACCUUUCACAUAUUUUAAAAUUCAGCCAUUCGCAAUAGCAGCGUAGCGCUAGCAAUUUCAACUGAAGCAAUCCCACUCGCAAUUUCUUCAGAAAUUGCAUUUUCUAGUUUUCCAUUAAGCUGCAGCAGGAGCUUAAAUAUGGUGUGCUGAAAGGGACAAUAAAGGACAUGUAUAAAUUCAUAUACACAGGGAAAUGAAGCAUGUAUAGUGACUGAAGUAUGUAAGAAGUAAGUCAGUGGAUGUUUUUUCUUGCUACUGAAGGAAACCCUCGACAGAAAAUGAUGGGUGUGAUGGGGAGAGCAGCCUGCAGCAUCUUGUGUCAAACAUUUUGGAAGAUGCAGAUUCCCAGGACAACUUCUUCAGUGAUGGGUAUGUCAUAUUUCAAAAUUGUCCCAUCGAGGUUUAAGGUAGAUAUUAAUUUCGAUUUCUAGUAACCGAAACUAUAAAUAUUUCUAGAUUUUGGCUUGCUUCAAACCUUUUGUUAUAUGUUUAACAUUAAAGAAAACUCUGGAUCUCUCUUGUAGGAGCAGUUCUUCAUUUAACCCCCUCUGGUCUUCACUAAGAGAAGAACUGCCAGAAUAUUUUCAAUCAGGGAUGAAAACAAAACAGAACCACAACUUUCCCCUGAGCUAUGAGUUGUCUGAGGCUUUAAGUAAAACACAGGGAUCCAUCAGAAAAGAUUUUGAGCAGUUUCUCCAGCAGCCCAAUGACACUUUUGCAAAUGAACACUGGCGUUUCAAUUUGCCUAAUGGAGUCAGAGACAGCUACACUCAACGUUCUCAGAAACUGCCACCAGGCCAACCAGUGUUCAACAGUAGAAGCACCAGCCUCGCUCAGAAACAACAUGACAAAGAUGGGGAGAUUGGUUUGCCUAAGGAUAGUUUUCCAGAUCUCAGUGACAUCUCAAGAUCUGAAACUAAAAUGAGCGACAGGUGUUUCAAUCAGUAUUAUGAUGACCACUUCAACCAGAGCAGUGCAAAGCCCCUCAGUAAUGAGCAGUACAGUCACCAAGAAAUCAGCCAACUGGUCAACAGUUUGCAGACAUUCGUUGCAGGUGAACAUGACUACUUGCGCCGAGGAGACCUCCCAAACAUGCACAGGCAGACAGUAGCCAUGCACAAUGAUGAAAGCAUGGUUGAACAGUGCAAAAGUAGAGCCUCUGCAUCCUCACUAAGUACUUAUGGAUUGCAGACCCAGAGACAGCCAGGUUGUAAAUGUGGGACUGAGCAGGUAGAAAGAAAUGAAGGAGAAAAUAACCAAAUAUUCAAUUAUCAUGCAUUUCAAGAUCCACCGGGGGUCAGCCCUCAAAACACAAGCUACUUUGAGCAACCAAACCCAAUCUUUGCAUUUCUGAACGGCCACAACCACUACCAAAGCAAGGCGACCAUGCAUAAACAAAAUGCUUCAAACCCCAUUGGAAGCAUGGAUCAGUUUGCAAAGCAACAUGCUAAGAACGUCUGGACACAGGUUAAGAAUAGGCCUUCAAUCCAGGAGGAAAAGAAGAGGACGCUUAUAUCUGGUCUCUCAGCAGGAGGUGUCCAAGCAAGACACCCAACCAUUACUGAUAUGCCAGGGGGAGAUGAGAAACAGUGCCUCCCGCAAAACCUGUACUUUGACCCCACUUGGAACAUGCGGAACGUGCAAUUCCAAAGAACUGAUGAAGACAACAACACAGCCCAUGCUGCAAAUGCACAGCAGAUCAUGUGUCCUAUGAAUGACAACAGAAAGAUGUCGACUGCCACCUUCAACUCCUCCAACUUUAGCUCAAGAGUCAUGCAGCCCUAUGGAGGGGCUGCUCCUGGAACAGACUUUGGGGAUUUGAUGUCAGCCCGUGAGUCUGCAGCUUUCAACUCUGUUGCUAGGGGCAUGGUGACCUGCCGAGGAACAAUCAUUUAUGGUGGCAAUGCCUCUGCUAUGACAACUACAGUGGUGAAGAAUCAGGGACAUGCGAUGCAGCGUAAAUUCUACCUGGGGGAGUGCUAUGAGCAGUGGAAAUGUUUGGAGAAGGAGAGAGAGAAGGUAUGUCUUUCCAAAUCUAGUUUUGUAUCCAGUGUCCUGCAUUCAUCUGCAAUGGUGCUUUGUUUAGAAUAUUCUUAUUUUAACAAUAUGGGCUGUAUAUAGACUACUGAAGUUGCAUUUUUUUUCAAACAGAACUUUUUAGUAGUGUGGAGUAGGGCUGCCUGCUAGAUUAUUUGAAAGUCACAAUUGGGAUAUGCACAUGCACAAUUGCCACAUUGCAGGGUGUGUAAUAUCUACUUCAUUCUAAAAUCACGUUUAUUGAAACAGAUGAAAUUGAAUACUGUGCAGAGAUCUGUGAAGUUAAAUCAUGCAUGGAAUAGUGUUUACCUGUUGUGUCUACACUCAAAUCUUAGGUUGAAAAUGACGAUGUGUUUACUUUAACAUAGAACCAUGAAAGAGCUUGCAGAUGAAACAUUAACAUGACAGAAAUGAAGUCAGUGGUAUUGAUUAGUAAACUUGAUGCUCCUCCUGUACUCUCACUUCUUUAUGUGUCUCUGCUUUUGUGUGCUGGUGUCAGAGCGUCUUUCAGAGGGCUGAAUGCAGUGUAAUAUGAGUAGAAGGGAUAUUGGAUAUGAAAGUGGAAAAGAGACCUAAAGAUUCAAAUUAAAAAUAUUAAUUUUAAUUGUGUGUGUCAGACAUUAAGCUGUCAGACACACCUCCAUGAUAUUUUAUUAGUAGUAAUUAUUCAGUUUUCCAUCUUGGAAAUUUAAUCAAUUAUUCUGCAAGUCUUUUCCACACUUAGAAAAAUGUAACUACAUGGAUCAACAGGUUCUUUGUAGGCAGAAGUCAGACAAAAUCAAAUCUGCUGUCCAAAUAAACUACAAACAUGUCAACACGUGUAUUUUCAUGAUGGCCUCUAACAAAUAUUACAAUAAAAAUCUUUUUAGUUUUGGGAUUAUAUGUGCAAAUCUGAGAGAAAGUCAGAAUGAAGAAAAAUGAUGUUUUGAUGCUAUUUCUCAUGUGUUACUAAAUUAUCUGUAUUUUUUUUUGUUUAUUUUCUCAGACACAGGCCAUACUUUCCAUGACAUUCCCUGGUAAAAAGAGUGCUCCAGUGAUCAGCAAUAGCAUUGCCAAAACACCACCAAAUCCAACGAGAGUUGACCACCUUAUUGUCAAACUCACAAGAGAACAAGCAAGGGUGAGUCCCUCAAAUGAGUUAUUGUUUACAUACUGCCACCUACAGGUGAAUUUUGCAAGCAGAGUCCUUAUAAAUGUAGGAGGUGUUUGAGACUUUAUUCUGCACAGAGCCACAAACUGUGCAUCCCCUCAAUUCAUUCCCUGGUAGUGUUUUUUUUAUUCUAAACAAUGCAGAUAAUGAGGUAAAGAGUCAAUCCCUUAAAAAGUCCUUUUGUGUAUUCUGUCCCAACUUUUUUAAGAGCGUAUUGUAUCAUCAAAUUCAAAAUGAGUAAAUAUUGACAAAAAACACAGUAAAUAUCUUGUCUUUGAGGUGUAUUCAAUUAAAACAAGGUCUGAAUAAACUGAAGGCUGUUACUCUGAACCUUUACAGUUCACAUCAAGUUAUAAGGCCUGAUUUCAUGUAGUGGAAUAUUUGACAACAUUUCAAGUAUUAUUAUAAUGAAGCACAGGUUUUCUACAGAGUUAAUAUCGCCACUGUUUUGCCGCAUUAAUCCACAUUGAAUGAUGCAUUAAGACUUGUAUUUCUAAAACCGAAGUGUAAAGUGCAGACUUUGAUUUCUUACAGGUAGUGAGCCUUCUGGAUUGUAUGGUGUGUUGGUGCAACAUUCCCCUCCAUGCUGACAUCUACGCAGCACUUAAAAAGCAAUAUACGGCGAUUUGCAUCACACAGUCCACACGCAAGGAAGAGAUGACCAAUAUGUUCAAAUACCAGUCCCCAAGGGCCCAUUUCACAGAGGACAGAGGUAACUCAGUUUGCAGUGGCAAGCGUGUGCUUUUUCUCAAACCUAGCUGGCAUUCACAUACUUCUGUUUCACAGAUGACCUGUUGCUAGCCACUGCACUGAAAAACCUUGCUGCUACCACAAGGAAACUACGGACAGCGCUGUGGUACGCCCUCCAGAUGACACUCCCGAAACCUGACAAGAAGCAGGAGCAGCAUGCUACCAGGGAGGCCCCACACAUGGAGGAGCCCCUCUACAUGUGAGGGAUACUCCUCUUAAGAUUCGCCUCAGCAGGCACCAAGCAUGAGUUCGAAGUCAGAUUGAUUAAAUUUGCACUCCUGUACACACUUGUUAUACAUUUUCCAUAAGCAGCAGGAGGAUGUGAAAGAUGUAUUUAUUGUUUUACUUACCUGGAAGUCUAUUGUAGCAUUUAACCAGCAUCACUGCUAUCCCUGCAGAAUUUGAAACAAGCCAUUGAAACCUCGGUGGCUGCACUCUUUGGUGCUCAGGACUUCCGUAUAGCUAUGUAUUGUGUAGGAUUUUCAUGAAACUUUUCCUCCUGCAUCUUAACUUCAUUUCAUCCAAUUAAUGUUUGUUGAGAGGUAACCUGUUCUGCUCCAGCAUCGUUGUAUUUAAAGAGACUAUUUAUGAAGAAGAUUUCAGCGAAUUCUUCUUCUUUUAUUAGUUUAUUGAAAUGUGAUGGACUUUCACUUAUGUGUAACUCCCAAACAAUAGUUGAAUCAUAAGAACAAAAGCCAAAAUUAACAAGCAAUCCUCUACAGUCUUAUCUCAAGUGUUCCAUGUUGUUUCUGAUGUAACAUGUUUAGGAAAACAAACAAAAAAAUCUAUUUAAUCUAAUGUUUUAACUUAUGAUUUACCAAGUCUGAUAA